AUGACAGAACACGACCAAUCGCCCUCGCGAUGCAGUCGCGUCAAGACUGCUCUAUCGCAUGCUCUCCACGAACUCGGCCUGGUGACAAUGUACCACUCCACGCGAGACGUCAAAUUCCUCUGCGCCCAGCGCUUCGUGCGGCUCUUCGCGUACGGCGGGUCUACGCUCAUCCUCGCGUCAUACCUAUCGGCCAUUGGGGUUACGGAUGACCGAAUUGGUCUGUUUAUGACACUUACGCUGGUCGGGGAUGUGGUGAUUAGUUUUUUCCUGACGCUCUUCGCGGACGCGAUGGGUCGGAAGGCGGUGUUGGCGUUGGGAUCCGCGCUGAUGGCGGCGAGUGGCGUUGUUUUUGCGAUGUCGGGGAAUUACUGGGUGCUUCUUGCGGCGGCGGUGUUUGGUGUUAUUAGUCCGAGUGGAAACGAGAUUGGACCCUUCCGUGCUGUGGAGGAGUCAACUCUUGCUCAUCUCACCCCACAUGAGAAAUUGCCUGAUGUCUUUGCGUGGUACUCCUUGGUUGGCACUGCAGGCACCGCCCUCGGCCAGUUGAUCUGCGGGUGGAUAAUCAGCUCACUGCAGAACCUGCACGGAUGGGCUUUUAUUCCAUCUUGCAGGAUCAUUUUCUUCGUGUAUGCGGGCGUUGGUCUCGUCAAGCUUAUCCUCACGCUCGCACUAACCCACGAAGUCGAGACGGCUGAGAAGCAGCGGGCACGUGGGCAGCAGAAUGGUGAAACGCAGCCAUUACUGGCUGAUGCUGCGCCCGUGGAGCAGGAGGCUGCACAGAAGAAGAAAUCCUUGUUCUCAUCUAUCGAGAAGGAUCUGUGGUCGCUGGUGAUUCGGUUGUUCAUUCUGUUCGGCCUCGACUCGUUUGCAUCGGGUCUGGCGUCGCUCUCUUGGAUGACAUACUUCUUCCACCGCAAGUUCAGCUUGCCCGAGGGUGAGCUCGGCACCAUCUUCUUCGUGACGAGCUCCAUCUCUGCAGCAUCGAUGCUAGUCGCUUCCUCAAUCGCCAAGCGCAUCGGCAAUGUGAAGACAAUGGUAUUCACACACUUGCCCUCGGCAAUCUGUCUCGCCCUCAUCUCCGUCCCCAACAGUCUCCCCAUAGCACUAACAUUCCUGGUCCUCCGCGCCUGUUCCCAAAACAUGGACGUAGCACCACGCUCCGCCUUCCUCGCCGCAGCACUGCCCUCCGACAAGCGCACCGCCAUCAUGGGCGCUGUCAAUGUGGUCAAAACGACCAGUCAGAGUCUAGGCCCUCUUCUUACGGGCAUUCUUGCGCGGAAUAACAUGUUUGGCGUGUCGUUUAUCAUCGCUGGUUGUCUAAAGGUUACUUAUGAUUUGGGUAUGUUGGUGAGUUUUGCGGGGAAGGAGGCGGAGAAGAGGAAGCAGGCUGCGCGGGAGGCUGGGGCGGAUGAGGAGGAGAAUCGGUAG